GUUUUCAUUGUCAUAUUUUCUUUUGACCGUGACAAUCGUCCUAUCUACUUUCAUUUUGGAAGUAGCUUAAAUGUUAAGCAGCCUUCUUGGAUUUAAUUUAUGGCAAAAAAAAUGGCCUCUUUUGUCUGAUGAGGAAAUAUGCAAACACAACAAUCGCAUGUCUUUAUGGAUAGUUUCGGGGAAUUCAGUAUACGAUGUGACAUCCUUCCUGAAUUCGCACCCUGGGGGGGACGCCAUAUUGCUUCGCUGUGGUGGCGGAAGCAAAAAUUGUGCGGAGGAUUUUGCACUACAUAGUCAGUUUGGACAGAGGCAGUGGGAGCGACUAAAGAUUGGAGAAAUAUCAGAGGCUAGCACCACAAAAAAAUCAAUCUUCUACGGAAAAGAAUAUUCAGCAACUGAUCCUGAAGAGGAAGAAGAAGCAGCGUUGUGUUAG